AUGAACAUCUUAAGGAAAAUGCAAAAUAUUAUUACCGGAAUUGGAAAUCGCAAUUAUGGCAAAGUUGGAAUAAUUGGGGUACCAUUUGAAAAAGGACAGCAUAAAGAAGGUGUAGCACAUGGUCCAAAGGUAAUUAGAGCAGCUGGAUUAGUACAAGAAUUAGAAUUGUUAGGGUUAAAUGUAAGAGAUUAUGGCAAUAUUUUAUACAAAGCAAAAAAUGUAGAUGUAAAUAAUAUGUCACACUUGGGUGAUAUUGCUGGUUGUACAAGUUGCUUAUCUGAACAAGUUCAACAGGUUUUGAAAGAAGAUCGGAGAGUACUAACUAUUGGUGGUGAUCACAGUUUAGGGAUUGGAACUAUAGAUGGUCAUGUUAAGGAAAAAGGAAAUGUAGCUGUUAUAUGGGUUGAUGCUCAUGCAGAUCUAAAUACAAAUAAAACUAGUGAAAGUGGCAAUGUUCAUGGAAUGCCCGUAGCAUUAUUAACUUCUGAAUUGGCUGAUUACUGGCCACAUCUUCCAGGAAUGGAUUGGCAACAACCAAUGUUAUCUAUUAGAAAUGUAGCUUAUAUUGGAUUAAGAUCUGUUGAUCGCUAUGAGAGAUUAGUUAUUGAAAAAUUUGGUAUCACUGCUUUUGGUAUGGAAGAUGUUGAAAGAUAUGGUAUUCAUGAUGUUGUUUACAUGGCAUUGAAUAAAAUAGAUCCUAAUGAAUCAAAAUCAUUGCAUGUUAGUUUUGAUAUUGAUUCAUUAGACCCAUUAGAAGCACCAUGUACAGGAACUCCUGUACGUGGUGGAUUAUCACUGAGGGAAGCUGUUCAUUUAAUGGAAGUAUUAUAUAGAACUAAUAGACUUAAUGCAGUAGAUCUUGUAGAAGUGAAUCCUUAUAUUGGUAAUCAACGUGAUAUUCAAUUAACCGUUGAAGCUGCUAUACAUAUUAUUCAAGCUGGAUUUGGUUAUACUAGAAGGGGUCUUAAAGUUCCGGAAGGUGUUACAGAUAUGCCAUUACAGACAUUUAGAUAAACUAUUUUUAUCCAUAAUAUCAUAUAAUUAGAGCAACCUUACAUAUUACUCAUUUAAUAUGAACAAGUUAUAUGAUCAAAUUACUCAGUUCUCUUUUGCAGCUUAUAUAAUAAUAAGCUUUUGUAAACUUUUAAACAA